AAACCCCUUUAUUUGGGUAUUGGCACAAUCAAAGAAGACCCUUCAAUGAAAUACAAUAUACAUGUGUAUAUUUUAUAGAUAUACAAUAUAAUACAAUCAAAUUUCUCCACAAAGGGUCCACCCAUAGAAAAAGUAAAACCAAAAUGCCCAAAAAACCAGACUAAGUCAUCAAAGGUCACUUUUUUUUAUUUCUUUUAUACACUACACCGACUUGUCAGCCUUAUCCACAAUCAUACCUCAAUCUGAAUAUAAAUUAUGUCAUCCUCCUAAAGGGGUCUCCUCAAAAUCAACUAAGAGGGAGAGUUGAAAAAUCACAGCCAUGGCGGAUAUUGCAAUUCUUGUAGCAGAGGAAUACGAGAGGAGGACGAAGAAUCCAAGGCGAGGUCAAGAGAUGAUCAGGCAAGAGCUUCAAGAGUUGGGUUCUUCUGGGGUUUCCAUAUCUGCAACUGCUACUUCAAUUAGGAUGAAGAAGAUGAUGGAAAUGGCAAAAAAGCAUAAUUACUCUGCUGAGAUGUCGGAAUUCAAUUGGGUUUUUGAACCCAAAUCUCAAAUUGGUCGAGCUGCUUCCACUGGGUUCUUCUCAGCUUGAGUUCCUCUAUUGGGUUUAUAUAUAUAUAUAUAUAUUGUAAAUGUUUCUCGUCUCUCUCUCUCUCUCUCUCAAAUCUGUACAUUUUUUUUUUCUUUUUUCCUUUUUUGGAUUCUAUUAGUUUUGAAAUGCUUUUGAAUUCGAGAGAAGAAGGGUGGGAUUGUAUUAUGAUUUGAUGAUUAUUAUAGGGUUUGAAUUAACCAUAUGAAUGUUGGGAAAAGAUGGAUGAUUUGGUUUUCAAGAAAUCAUCGAGAGUUGGCCACUUAGUUGGUGCUUUUAAAUAUGUGAUAUGGUGGAUGGAUGAGGCUGUUCAGAUCCCAUAUUGAAAAAUCAAUGAAUUUAGUUGUUCAUAGUUAUGAUUUGGGAUCAAUCCACCAUCUAAGAUGGUAUCAAUAAUAAUUUGAUAUUUAUAUUUGA